CCGGACGGUGAUCCACCGCACAGCACUGGCGCAAUGGCCGCUAGUCCUAGGUACCUUGUAGCUCAGGACUCAGGAGUCAGGACCCAGGCUGAGCUGCAGCUCGCUUUUCAGGACGGGCCGGGGCAGCGAAACUGUGGCCUCUUGAGUCCUCACAGCUCCUCUUCGAAUCUGGGCGCCAGGGCGGCAGCUCUUCGAUACUUUCUGUGAGAGAGCCCUCCUGACAGCUCCGAGUGGAGGCGGGGCCAGUCAGGAGGCCGGUCUUCACAGGCGUGGAACCUCUUUUACAUGCAAUUUCCUUGUUGCAGGACGCCAGACUGCACCACUGGAAGAGCCCCAAACAGAUUGCAUAAAAUUGCUGGCAGACAAAGAGCAUUUUCCUCGAAGCACAUCUGGCCUUCAAAGAACUUGCUCGAGUGAGGAUGGGGCUUUCUGCCAUGACCUCAGCCAGGUCUCUGACUUGCAAGUUGCGUGCAAGCUGCACAGUUAUGGGAGGAAAUCCUGACUCGCUUGAAGUCGGAACAGGCUUGAGAUUGGCGCACACUACGUUACGGUGUGGAGGAGCGCUAGGAAAGAUGGAAGAAAGCGUACGGGAGCGUUUCUUUUUAACCUCACUCACACAACAUGCUCCCCAGCCUCGCUCUUCCAGCGCUCGCUGUACAGUCCUUGAGCAGCAGCCCCCUAAAGAAACGCACGCUCCCAAAUCGAAGCAGAAGCCUCCGAAGGGGAAGAAGAGGGCUGCACAAAAGCGCAUUUAUGACCUGGGGCCAAUCCAGCAGGCAGAAGCUGAGGCCAUUGCCGAAGCCAUUGCUCAUGCGCCGCCCCACGAGUUCGACGAGUUUGACACGUACAGAGGUCUUGUGCUCGAUGUUUCAUACAAGCCCAUUGAUAUCAUAAACUGGAAGCGCGCCAUUUGCAUGGACCUGUUUCAGAAGGCCGACGUGCUGACCUAUUACGACCAGUACGUCCAUUCGGCCUACGCUGCGUACCCGCUGCCAGCUGUGCUGCGAAUUUCCAACUACGUCAAUCUGCCGAAGCAGCGGAUGCGGGUCAUGCUGAGCCGGACCAACAUUCUCAUCAGGGACAAGAACAAGUGCCAGUACUGCGGCAGCCGGGAUGAUCUGACAAUUGAUCACGUAGUGGCUGCUUCGAGGGGCGGAGAUUGGUCCUGGACGAACCUGGUUGCUGCCUGCGGAACGUGCAACCUCAAGAAGGGCAACAUGUCCGUUGCUGAUGCUGGCAUGCGGCUGCUACGACAGCCAAGGGAGCCCAUCGAAUCCGACUUUCCCCCUCUUUCUCAUAAGAACCUGGGCGGACGGAACACGCCCCCGGAAUGGUACGACUACUUGCCGAACAGGCUCAAGUUCUUCCAGUAGCGUUGUGCUGUUGUACUCGCGCGCAUUGCUUUUGGUGGGGCAGUUAAUAUCGAUUCCUAGGCCUGGGGUUCCAGUUCAAAACUCCAGUUAACAGGAAGUUCUCAGGCGUGCCUCGCCCAUCUGUAAUUUGGUUCUUUGUAAAUAGGCGUAACUCGAAAAGGUCCACUUGUCGCACUUUGUAUAGAGGAUGUGCUGAUGUUGGCUCAUCGUAUUCGGAAGGUUGCGCCAACGCGUGUCCGUAGCUUGUAAGGAUCGGUGUAAAUAGUGUAAAGGUGUAAGGUCAGAGCUUUUCAAUAAGCGCUCUUGACUUGGAACCGUGGCUGCCCCCGCCCUCUUCCGAAUAAUUGGAUGAGUAGCCAGGCUAGGUGAGGAACAAACGCAUUCAACGCUUCAAACGUUACCUCGAGCAGUCUGAUGUCAAUCGUUGUAGUAACUGUGCGAAGCCCUACGAAACUUGGAUCAUUGGGGUUAUCCGAACAGCACUGUCACAGACGGUUGAGCUGCGAAUGGUGGAUGAAGUAGACAGUUGAGAUCCGUGGUAAAGCCGCUGAUCGCAACUUGCACUGCUCACGGGCCAGGCCGCAUGGCCUCCUCCUCCGCUGGCAAUAUCAUAACCAAAUUAAC